GCGCGCGCGCCCGUUGCCAUGGGGACGCACGCAGCUCCGCCGCCCGGUGGGGAGGCGAGAGGGGGCGCAGCGGCCGAUCCAGCGGGAGACGCUAUCGCAAGAUGGCGACUGCCAGGCCGCGGGAUGCGGAGUGAGCGCGCCCCGCCGGGGGCUCUGCGAGGCUGCUCCUCUCCCCGCGCCGUCGCCCACCGCGGCGCCGCCUCCCCGCCUGCCCUACGCCGCGGCCCAGCCUCCCCGCCCGGCAGCGGCCGCCUGCGUCCCGGCCUGCAGCCUCCCGGCGCGCCGGCGUCCGCCACGCCCCUCCGACUCCCGACUCCCUCCGAGGUGUGAGCGCCGCAGGCGGGUGCGGUGACCUCCGGGCGGCCUGGGAGAAGCGCGUGGACUGGCGGGCGGCAGCGAGCCGUCGGCGAGCGCCGUUACCAUGGCCCUGACCCUGUUCGAUACAGAUGAAUAUAGACCUCCUGUUUGGAAAUCUUACUUGUAUCAGCUGCAACAGGAAGCUCCCCAUCCUAGAAGAAUGACCUGUACUAAUGAGGUAGAAAACAGACCAAAGUAUUAUGGAAGAGAGUUCCAUGGCAGGAUCUCCCGGGAAGCCGCAGACCAGCUCCUGAGUGUGGCUGAGGGGAGCUACCUCAUUCGGGAGAGCCAGCGCCAGCCAGGAACCUACACUUUGGCUUUAAGAUUUGGAAGUCAAACCAGAAACUUCAGGCUCUACUACGAUGGAAAGCACUUCGUUGGGGAGAAGCGCUUUGAGUCCAUCCACGAUCUGGUGACUGAUGGAUUGAUUACUCUCUAUAUUGAAACCAAGGCAGCAGAAUACAUUGCCAAGAUGACGAUAAACCCAAUAUAUGAGCACAUAGGAUACACAACCUUAAACAGAGAGCCAGCAUACCAAAAACAUAUGCCAGUCCUGAAAGAGACACAUGAUGAUAAAGAUUCUACAGGCCAGGAUGGGGUGUCAGAAAAAAGGUUGACAUCACUUGUUAGAAGAGCAACUCUGAAAGAAAACGAGCAAAUUCCAAAAUAUGAAAAGGUUCACAAUUUCAAGGUCCACACGUUCAGAGGGCCACACUGGUGUGAGUACUGUGCCAACUUCAUGUGGGGUCUCAUUGCUCAGGGAGUGAAAUGUGCAGAUUGUGGUUUGAAUGUUCAUAAGCAGUGUUCCAAGAUGGUCCCAAAUGACUGUAAGCCAGACUUGAAACAUGUCAAGAAGGUGUAUAGCUGUGACCUCACAACACUUGUGAAAGCCCACAUCACCAAGCGGCCGAUGGUGGUGGACAUGUGCAUCAGGGAAAUUGAAUCUAGAGGUCUUAACUCUGAAGGACUGUACCGAGUGUCAGGAUUUAGUGAUCUCAUUGAAGAUGUCAAGAUGGCUUUUGACAGAGAUGGAGAGAAAGCAGAUAUUUCUGUGAACGUAUAUGAAGAUAUCAACAUCAUCACUGGUGCACUGAAACUCUACUUCAGGGACUUACCGAUUCCACUCAUCACGUAUGAUGCCUACCCCAAGUUCAUAGAGUCCGCCAAAAUUAUGGAUCCUGAUGAGCAAUUAGAGACCCUUCAUGAGGCACUGAAACUGCUGCCGCCCGCUCACUGCGAGACCCUCCGGUACCUCAUGGCGCAUCUGAAGAGAGUGACCCUCCAUGAAAAGGAGAACCUUAUGAAUGCAGAAAACCUUGGGAUUGUUUUCGGCCCCACCCUUAUGAGAUCUCCGGAACUAGACGCCAUGGCUGCACUGAACGAUAUCCGGUAUCAGAGACUGGUGGUAGAGCUGCUCAUCAAAAAUGAAGACAUUUUAUUUUAGAUUUUUAGUCUGAGAGGAAAAAGAAGUGUUUUACAGAUGAAGGAAUGUUUUAUAGUAAUUUAAUUGGCUCUCCUAGCUGCAUUAUUCCUUGGUUAGCAGUUUGGGCAUAUAACCAGUUUAAAAUGAAGGAACUUUCCAUUGUUUUUGUAGCACCGCUCAGCUGUCCUUGUAAAACAGUGACCAUACGCUUUCCAGUUCUAGUAACCCUGGGUGUGUAUCAUGUUAAGAGAAACUCAGGCUAUUGCAUGAUUAGCCCCGUUUGGCAAGGGGACCCAUACAAAGGAGACAGCAGCCUGCACCGCUCUCCGUCCUGGGUAGUCUGUGGUUGUAAUUCAGCAUGUUUCGCAGAGUGAACCUGUCAUGACUUCGCUUGGGUUCUGUCGUUGGUGUCUGGCGCUUUCAUAAACAUGCACAUCAAUGGACAGAACAGCACCUCUGGCCGCUGCCCUGCCAUAGACUAGAACAUAUGCCUACUUUUCGCCAAUGCUUUAUUUCCGGGUUCUCUUCGUUCUUCUCAGACAUAGUACUUUCUUUCCAGCAAAAAAGCAAAAUGUUUUCAGAUUUGUUACUUUAGUAAAUGAUCCAUGCCAAUAAAAAAAUACAACGCAGAGCAUUUUCUGUUAAAUUAUUGGGUUUUAGUUGUAAUUUUGUGUUUUUAUCUGGCAUGCAUUUAUUAAUUUAUUAAAUUUUGCUUUUAGA